UUUCAUAGGCACAAUUAGAGUGGACACCAUGAGCGACAGGAAUUGCUCAAUUCAGAAGUUCACCAGAAGUGACUCAAUACAUCACAUGAGCCACUCCCAGAUGAGACCAGAGCUACCCCCUCUGCCUGCCUCUGCUAAUGAAGAACCCUCUGAACUCUAUCAGACCAUCAUGUCACACAGCAUUUACCCUCCCUUGAUGCAACGUACAUCAUGGACUCUGGCUGUGCCCUUCAAAGAGCAGCAUCACCACCGUCGACCCAGUGACACCAUUGGCAACAACUACUCCUUGAUGGCCCGAGACCUAAAGCUGAAAGACCUGCAGAAAAUCUACCAGCCAGCUACCAUCAGUGUCCCUAGGGUCAAGGCUGACCACCAGCUACCAUCAGCAAGUAAAAGCCCAUCAGAGCCCAUCAAGAAGAAAAUGAAGCUUUCUUCCAGAGACAAAGAGGAUUCCAUUGGGAUCAGCUUGGCCGGCAGCACCUCCACCUCACUACCCAUGAAGAAGGAAGUGGAACAAUCUUUGACCCUCCCAGGAAGCAGACCUAUGAGUCCAGAACAACAAAUCAAUGUGAUGUUACAGCAAGAGAUGGAAAUAGAAAGUAAGGAAAGCAAACCAUCUGAACUGGAUCUGGAGAGAUACUAUUACUACUUGAACAAUGGAAUACGAAAAGACAUGAUUGCCCCUGAGGAAGACGAAGUGAUGGUUCGGAUUUCAAAGCUGAUUUCUAACUCACUGCUAACAAGUCCCUUCCUAGAACCCUUGCUGGUUGCCCUCAUGAAUGAGAAGGAAAAUGACUAUUAUGGUAGCCUCAUGAAAAGCAUUGUUGAUUACAUCCUCAUGGACCCAAUGGAGAGAAAAAGGCUCUUCAUCGACAGUGUCCCCCGCAUGUUUCCUCAGAGAGUUAUCCGGGCCCCUGUGCCCUGGCACAAUACCUACAGGAAUGCUAAAAAGUGGAAUGAGGAACACCUGCACACAGUGAACCCCAUGAUGCUCAGCCUGAAAGACCUGUGGUUUACAGAAUUUCAAGAUCUCAGGUUUGUUCGAACAGCAGAAUUACUGGCAGGAAAAUUACCUCUGCAGCCUGAUGAGUACUGGAUCGCAAUCCAGAACCACUGCCAGGAGGCACGCCAAAUUCUUCUCAACAAGUGGAUCCCCACCUGUGCCCAGCUUUUUAUCUCCCAGAAGAAACAGUGGGCCCAUUUCGCUCCCAAAAGUGAUUACGACUCCUCUCGAAACAUUGAGGAAUAUUUUGCCUCUGUUGCAUCCUUCAUGUCCCUCCAGCUCAGGGAGUUGGUCGUUAAAUCCCUUGAGGACCUCGUUUCCUUUUUCAUGAUACACAAGGAUGGGAAUGAUUUCAGUGAGCCCUACCAAGAGAUGGAGUUCUUUAUACCUCAGCUAAUCAUGAUCAAACUUGAAGUCAGUGAGCCCAAUAUUGUCUUUAACCCGUCAUUUGAUGACUGCUGGGAGUUAAUACAUAACUCUUUCUUGGAGAUUAUUGACAACUCGAAUGGGAUUCCCAAGGUGGAAUCUAUCCUGUUCCCAGAGCUGAAAGGAUAUAAUUUGAUCCUUGGAACCGUCAACUCUGAAGAAGAACUUGUUUCUGAUUUUAUGGAUCAAACUUAUGAGGUGUUUCAGAAAAAUAAAGUUGGCCCUCGCAAAUAUUUAAAUGUAUACAAAAAAUACAGUGAUUUACUGGAUAACACAGCAGAGCAAGGCAUUACUGCAUUCCUGCAAGAAAAUCAUGAAAUUGAGGAUUUUGUGAUGAGUAUCAAUGGCAUAAAAAAACGGAGAGGUGAAAUUGCCUCCAUGCAUGUUACUGUGCCUUUAGCCAUGUUCUGCCUUGAUGCCAUGACUCUAAAUUAUGAUCUCUGUGAGCGAGCCCAGAAUCUGAAAGAUCGUCUGAUUCAGUUCCAAGUGGAUGUAAACCGGGAGACCAAUACCAGCAUUUGUAAUCAAUAUAGCACAAUAGCAGACAAAGUUAGUGAGAUCCCUGCCAAUACUGAGGAGCUGGUAUUCCUCAUUGAAUUCUUAAAGAAAUCCAGUGAUGUCACCGUGUUCAAACUGAGGAGGCAACUUAGACAUGCAAUUGAACGGCUGCAGUUCCUGAUGGACUACGCAGACUUGCCCCAAGAGGAUAUCAAAUUGAACAGCACUCUCUUCCUCUGGCCAGACCAGAUUGAAGAAAUCUUUGAAAACAGCCAAAACCUGCUCCUUAGCAAGAGGGAUCAGGCAGAGAUGGAUCUGAUUAAAAGGUGUUCAGAAUUUGAGUCAAAACUUGAGGGCUACAGCAAGGAACUGGACGGUUUCAGGAAGCGUGAAGUGAUGACUACAGAAGAAAUGAAGAACAACGUCGAAAAGCUUAGUGAGCUUUCGAAGAACCUAAACCAAGCACUGGUGGAAUUUGAGUUGAUCAAUAAGGAGGAAGAUCUGUUGGAAAAGGAAAAGAGUACCUUCCCUCUUCUGCAAACCUUGAUAACCAAUAAGAUGCCUUAUGAGCAGCUGUGGGUAACAGCCUAUGAGUUCAGCACCAAGUCAGAAGAGUGGAUGAAUGGACCCCUCUAUUUACUGAAUGCUGAUGAAAUCGUAGAGGACAUAGGGAAUAUGUGGAGGACAGCAUAUAAAUUGACCAAGACCUUAGUCGAUGUGCCUGCACCCAGACGCUUAGCAGAGAACUUGAAAAUGAAGAUUGAAAAGUUUAAGCAGCACAUUCCUAUCCUCAGUAUUUCUUGCAACCCAGGAAUGAAAGACCGGCACUGGCAGCAGAUAAGUGACAUUGUUGGCUAUGAAAUAAAACCAACUGAAACUACUUGCCUCUCGAAUAUGCUGGAAUUUGGAUUUGGCAAAUACAUUGAAAAAUUGGAGCCCAUUGGUGCAGCCGCCAGCAAAGAAUAUUCCCUGGAGAAAAACUUGGAGAAAAUGAAGUUAGAAUGGACUAACAUGACAUUCAACUUCAUGAAAUACAGGGACACUGAUACAAGCAUCCUGUGUGCAGUUGAUGACAUUCAGGUGUUACUCGAUGAUCACGUGAUAAAGACCCAGACCAUGUGUGGUUCCCCAUUCAUCAAACCGAUAGAAACAGAAUGCCGGAGAUGGGAAGAGAAGUUGGUGCGUGUGCAAGGAAGUUUGGAUGCCUGGCUGAAAUGCCAGGCCACUUGGCUAUACCUGGAACCAAUCUUCAGUUCAGAGGACAUAAUAGCCCAGAUGCCAGAAGAGGGCAGGAAAUUUACCACUGUGGACACUUACUGGAAAUUACUCAUGUCCCAAGCGGUGAAAGAUACUCGGGUUCUGGUGGCAGCAGACCAGCCACGGAUGAAUGAGAAGCUUCAAGAAGCCAACCUUUUGUUGGAGGACAUCCAGAAAGGGCUGAAUGAGUACCUGGAGAAGAAGAGACUGUUUUUCCCCAGGUUCUUCUUCCUGUCAAAUGACGAGCUGCUGGAGAUCUUGUCUGAAACAAAGGACCCCCUCCGAGUGCAACCACACUUGAAGAAGUGCUUUGAAGGAAUUGCCAAGUUGGAGUUUACAGACAGUCUGGCCAUUGUGGGCAUGAUCAGCUCGGAAAAAGAAACUGUUCCAUUCAUACAGCAUAUCUAUCCAGCUAACGCCAAAGGCAUGGUUGAGAAGUGGCUGCAGCAGGUAGAGCAGAUGAUGCUUGCCAGUAUGCGGGAUGUUAUUGGACUUGGAAUUGAAGCAUACGUCAAGGCCCCUCGUAACCAGUGGGUCUUGCAGUGGCCUGGUCAAGUGGUUAUCUGUGUCUCCUCCAUCUUUUGGACUCAGGAGGUGUCUGAAGCCAUAGUCAAAAACACCCUACCGGAUUUUCUGAAAAAGAGCAAUGAUCAGAUUGCACAGAUUGUCCAGCUGGUGCGAGGGAAGCUGAGCAGUGGCGCUCGACUCACUCUCGGGGCCCUCACAGUCAUCGAUGUCCAUGCUCGAGAUGUAGUGGCCAAGUUAGCUAAGGACAACGUCUCUGAUCUGAAUGAUUUCCAGUGGAUCUCACAGCUGCGCUACUACUGGGUGGCAAAGGACGUGCAGGUGCAGAUGAUAACUACAGAAGCUUUGUAUGGCUAUGAGUACCUGGGAAACUCCCCCCGACUGGUGAUUACGCCCCUCACUGACCGCUGCUACAGGACUCUGAUGGGAGCUUUGAAGCUGAACCUUGGGGGAGCCCCUGAGGGUCCAGCUGGGACAGGCAAGACAGAAACCACCAAAGAUCUAGCCAAAGCUUUGGCCAAGCAGUGUGUGGUCUUCAACUGCUCAGAUGGUUUGGAUUACAAAGCCAUGGGAAAGUUCUUCAAGGGUCUCGCCCAGGCUGGAGCAUGGGCCUGCUUUGAUGAAUUCAACAGGAUUGAGGUAGAAGUGCUAUCUGUGGUAGCCCAGCAGAUUCUCAGCAUUCAACAGGCCAUUAUUCGGAAGCUAAAGAUGUUCAUCUUUGAAGGCACUGAGCUCUCUUUGAACCCCACCUGUGCUGUCUUUAUCACCAUGAACCCCGGGUAUGCUGGCAGGGCUGAACUGCCAGAUAACCUCAAGGCCUUGUUCCGUACAGUGGCCAUGAUGGUACCAGAUUAUGCCCUCAUUGGAGAAAUCUCCCUGUACUCUAUGGGGUUUCUGGACUCCAGAAGUCUUGCCCAGAAGAUUGUGGCGACCUAUCGCCUGUGCUCGGAACAACUGUCCUCCCAGCAUCACUACGACUAUGGUAUGCGUGCUGUCAAGUCUGUGCUCACUGCCGCAGGCAACCUGAAGCUCAAGUAUCCGGAGGAGAAUGAAAGUGUCUUGCUGCUCCGGGCUCUGCUUGAUGUCAACCUGGCCAAGUUCUUAGCGCAAGAUGUCCCUCUGUUCCAGGGAAUUAUAUCAGAUUUGUUUCCUGGAGUUGUUCUUCCAAAGCCAGACUACGAAGUUUUUCUGGAAGUGCUGAACGAAAACAUCAAAAACAUGAAACUCCAGCCAGUACCUUGGUUUAUUGGGAAAAUCAUCCAGAUCUACGAGAUGAUGCUGGUAAGACAUGGCUACAUGAUUGUUGGCGACCCCAUGGGUGGCAAGACCUCUGCUUAUAAAGUGUUGGCUGCAGCUCUGGGUGAUUUAUAUGCAGCUAACCAGAUGGAGGAGUUUGCUGUAGAUUACAAGAUCAUCAACCCCAAAGCUAUCACAAUGGGUCAGCUGUAUGGGUGCUUUGACCAGGUGAGCCACGAAUGGACAGAUGGUGUCCUAGCCAAUGCUUUCCGGGAGCAAGCAUCUUCAAUGUCUGAUGACCGCAAGUGGAUUAUAUUUGAUGGACCAGUGGAUGCUGUUUGGAUUGAAAAUAUGAACACUGUUCUGGAUGACAAUAAAAAGCUGUGUUUAAUGAGUGGUGAGAUUAUCCAGAUGAGUCCCAAGAUGAGCCUGAUCUUUGAGCCAGCUGACCUGGAGCAGGCCUCCCCAGCCACAGUGAGCAGGUGUGGGAUGAUCUACAUGGAGCCCCAUCAGCUCGGCUGGAAGCCCCUGAAGGAUUCCUACAUGGACACCUUGCCCCACAGCCUCAAUGAGGAGCACAAGGAAUUGGUCAAUGACAUGUUCAUGUGGCUUGUCCAGCCCUGCCUAGAAUUUUGUCGCCUUCAGUGUAAAUUUGUAGUGCAAACAUCUCCCAUCCACCUUGCCUUCUCGAUGAUGAGACUAUACUCCUCUCUGCUUGAUGAAAUCAAGCAUAUAGAGGAGGAGGAAAUGGAGUUAUAUGAAGGUCUCUCAAGUCAACAGAUCUUCCUCUGGCUACAAGGACUGUUCCUCUUCUCGUUGGUGUGGACCAUAGCAGGCACCAUCAAUGCUGACAGCAGAAAGAAAUUUGAUUCAUUUUUCCGCAACCUGAUCAUGGGCAUGGAUGAUAACCACCCAAGACCCAAAAGUGUCAAGAUCACCAAAAACAACAUCUUUCCCGAUAAAGGAAGCAUCUAUGAUUUUUAUUUUGUCAAACAAGGCAGUGGACAUUGGGAUACAUGGACAGAGUAUAUCUCCAAGGAGGAAGAGCACAUCCCUGCCGGCGCAAAGGUCUCAGAACUCAUCAUCCCUACAAUGGAGACAGCCCGGCAGUCCUUCUUCUUGAAAACCUAUCUGGACCAUGAGAUUCCAAUGCUGUUCGUGGGUCCCACAGGCACUGGCAAAUCAGCCAUCACCAACAACUUCCUUCUACACCUUCCCAAAAAUACCUAUCUGCCCAACUGCAUUAAUUUCUCUGCCAGAACCUCGGCCAAUCAGACCCAAGAUAUCAUCAUGUCCAAGCUAGAUCGUCGGCGGAAGGGCCUUUUCGGUCCACCCUUAGGGAAGAAAGCAGUGGUGUUUGUGGAUGACCUCAACAUGCCAGCCAAAGAGGUAUAUGGGGCCCAGCCCCCCAUCGAGCUCCUGAGACAAUGGAUUGACCACGGUUACUGGUUUGACAAGAAAGACACAAGCAGGCUGGACAUCAUGGAUGUGCUACUUGUGACAGCCAUGGGACCUCCUGGGGGAGGAAGGAAUGACAUCACUGGACGAUUCACCCGCCAUCUGAAUAUCAUUUCCAUCAAUGCCUUUGAAGAUGAUGUUUUAACCAAGAUUUUCACUUCUAUUGUUGACUGGCACUUUGGGAAAGGGUUUGAUGUGGUAUUCUUAAGGUCUGGAAAGAUGCUGGUACAAGCCACUAAGACAAUUUAUAGAGCUGCCGUGGAGAACUUCUUACCAACCCCCUCCAAGUCACAUUACGUCUUUAACCUGCGGGACUUCUCACGGGUCAUCCAAGGGGUGCUGCUUUGCCCUCACACCCACCUGCAGGAUGUGGAAAAACUUAUCCGGCUUUGGAUCCAUGAGGUUUAUCGGGUCUUCUAUGACCGGCUGAUUGACAAGGAAGACAGACAGGUCUUCUUCAACAUGGUGAAAGAAACCACCUCCAAUUGCUUCAAGCAGACCGUGGAGAAGGUCCUCAUCCACUUGUCACCCACUGGAAAGAUCGUCGAUGAUAACAUCCGUAGUCUUUUCUUUGGAGAUUUCUUCAAGCCAGAAAGUGACCCCAAAAUCUAUGAUGAGAUCACUGACCUGAAACAGCUCACAGCAGUCAUGGAAUACUACCUAGAAGAGUUCAACAACAUCAGCAAGGCCCCCAUGUCCUUGGUCAUGUUCAGGUUCGCCAUUGAGCACAUCUCUAGGAUCUGCAGGGUCCUGAAGCAAGACAAGGGUCACUUGCUCCUGGUGGGCAUUGGGGGCAGUGGGCGGCAAAGCGCCACCAAACUGUCCACAUUUAUGAACACAUACGAGCUAUAUCAGAUCGAGAUCACUAAGAACUACACGAGCAACGACUGGAGGGAAGACCUAAAGAAGAUCAUGCUGCAGGCCGGGGUGACCAACAAGAGCACUGUGUUCCUCUUUGCCGAUAACCAGAUCAAGGACGAGUCAUUUGUCGAGGACAUCAACAUGCUGCUGAACACAGGUGACGUGCCCAAUAUCUUCCCAGCUGACGAGAAGGCUGAUAUUGUGGAAAAGAUGCAAACAACAGCGAGGACAGAAGGAGAGAAGAUGGAAAUCACUCCUCUUUCUAUGUACAACUUCUUUAUUGAGAAGGUGAAAAAGAAUCUUCAUAUUGUCCUUGCCAUGAGUCCAAUUGGAGAUGCCUUCAGAAACCGCCUGCGGAUGUUCCCUUCUCUGAUCAAUUGCUGUACAAUUGAUUGGUUCCAGUCCUGGCCCACAGAUGCUCUGGAGUUGGUGGCCAACAAAUUUCUAGAGGAUGUAGAACUUGAUGACAGCGUUCGUACAGAGGUCGUUUCCAUGUGCAAAUAUUUUCAGGAGAGCGUAAAGAAGCUUUCGCUCGAUUACUACAACACACUUCGCAGACACAACUAUGUUACCCCCACAUCCUACCUCGAACUGAUUCUGACCUUCAAGACACUCCUGAAUAGCAAGAGGCAAGAGGUAGAUAUGAUGAGAAACCGCUACCUGACCGGCUUGCAGAAACUUGACUUCGCAGCUUCUCAAGUGGCAGUCAUGCAAGUGGAACUGACUGCCCUUCAACCUCAGCUCAUCCAAACCUCUGAGGAGACUGCUAAAAUGAUGGUGAAAAUUGAAGAGGAGACCAGGGAAGCUGAUGCCAAGAAACUUCUGGUGCAGGCAGAUGAAAAAGAAGCCAAUGCCGCUGCUGCCAUUGCUCAAGGAAUCAAGAACGAAUGCGAGGGGGACCUGGCCGAGGCAAUGCCAGCACUGGAGGCCGCUCUUGCUGCACUGGACACCUUGAACCCAACUGACAUUUCACUGGUGAAGUCGAUGCAGAACCCACCAGGCCCUGUCAAGCUGGUCAUGGAGAGCAUCUGUGUCAUGAAGGGGCUGAAACCAGAGAGGAAGCCAGAUCCCAGCGGCUCCGGUAAGAUGAUUGAAGAUUACUGGGGAGUGUCAAGAAAGAUCCUUGGAGAUUUGAAAUUCUUGGAGAGUCUUAAGAUGUAUGACAAAGACAACAUCCCCCCAGUGAUCAUGAAGCGGAUACGGGAAAGGUUCAUUGAUCACCCAGAGUUCCAGCCAAACGUGAUUAAAAAUGUGUCAUCUGCCUGCGAGGGUCUGUGUAAGUGGGUGAGGGCCAUGGAGGUGUAUGAUCGUGUGGCCAAGGUUGUAGCUCCCAAGCGGGAGCGACUGAGGGAGGCCGAGGGAAAGCUGGACAUACAAAUGCAGAAACUGAACCAGAAACGAGCGGAGCUGAAGCUGGUGGAAGACCGGCUCCAGGCCCUGAAUGAUGACUUUGAAGAUAAGAACAACAAGAAAAAGAACUUGGAGGAAAACAUUGAAAUCUGCUCCCAAAAGCUGAUCAGGGCAGAGAAGCUAAUCAGCGGCCUUGGGGGAGAGAAGAACAGAUGGACAGAAGCUGCCCGGCAGCUGGGCAUCCGCUAUACUAAUCUGACGGGGGACGUGUUGUUGUCCUCAGGAACUGUGGCUUACCUGGGCGCCUUCACAGUGGAUUAUAGGGCCGAGUGUCAAAAGCAGUGGUUGGCCAACUGUAAGGACAAGGUUAUCCCCGGCUCCAGUGACUUCAGCCUCAGCAACACAUUAGGGGACCCUGUAAAAAUCCGUGCCUGGCAGAUUGCCGGGCUUCCCAUUGACUCCUUCUCCAUUGACAACGGCAUCAUUGUGUCCAAUUCCAGACGCUGGGCCUUAAUGAUUGACCCUCAAGGGCAGGCCAAUAAGUGGAUCAAGAAUAUGGAGAAAGCAAAUAAACUGUCUGUCAUCAAGUUCUCUGAUAGCAACUAUGUGAGGACCUUGGAAAAUGCACUGCAGCUUGGUACCCCAGUCUUACUCGAAAAUGUAGGAGAAGAACUGGAUGCCUUUAUUGAGCCCAUCCUGCUCAAAGCAACAUUCAAGCAGCAAGGGGUUGAGUACAUGCGGCUGGGUGAAAAUAUCGUUGAAUACUCCAAGGAUUUUAAGUUGUACAUCACCACCCGUUUGAGGAACCCACAUUACCUCCCUGAAGUGGCUGUUAAAGUCUGUCUCCUCAACUUCAUGAUCACCCCCUUGGGUCUCCAAGACCAACUCCUUGGCAUUGUGGCUGCCAAGGAGAAGCCAGAACUGGAAGAUAAAAAGAACAAGUUGAUUGUCGAAAGUGCCCAGAACAAGAAGCAGCUAAAGGAUAUUGAAGAUAAGAUCUUAGAAGUCCUCUCCAUGUCUGAGGGCAACAUCCUUGAGGAUGAAACUGCCAUCAAGGUCUUGUCCUCCUCCAAAGUGCUCUCUGAAGAAAUCUCUGAGAAACAGGAAAUAGCUUCAAUGACAGAAAUGCAGAUUGAUGAGACCCGGAUGGGCUACAAGCCAGUGGCUAUCCACUCUGCCACCAUCUUCUUUUGUAUCUCUGACCUGGCCAACAUCGAGCCCAUGUACCAGUACUCCCUGACAUGGUUCAUCAACCUCUACAUGCAUUCGCUAGCCCAUAGCACGAAGAGUGAGGAUCUGCAGCUGCGAAUCAACUACAUCAUUGAGCACUUCACCCUGAGCAUCUAUAAAAACGUGUGCCGCUCCCUGUUUGAGAAGGACAAGCUGCUCUUCUCCCUCCUCCUGACCGUCGGCAUCUUGAAAGAGAAAAAGCGAAUCAGUGAGGACACUUGGUGCUUCCUGCUAACCGGAGGCAUUGCCCUGGAUAACCCCUUCCCCAACCCAGCUUCUGAAUGGCUGUCGGACAAGGCGUGGGCCGAAGUUGUUCGUGCAUCUGCUUUACCAAAACUGAAAGGCCUGAUGGAACAUUUUGACCAACAUUUGGAUGAAUGGAAAAUGAUCUAUGAUUCAGCCUGGCCCCACGAAGAGAAAUUUCCUGGACCUUGGAAGUUCCUUCAAGGAUUGGAGAGGAUGGUGAUCCUCCGAUGUUUGCGGCCUGACAAAAUGAUCCCAGCCAUUCGAGAGUUCAUUGCUGAACACAUGGGGAAGGUAUACAUCGAAACACCUACAUUUGAUCUUCAGGGAUCCUACAAUGAUUCCAAUUGUUGUGCACCACUGAUUUUCAUAUUGUCUCCAGGCGCAGACCCAAUGGCAGGCCUGCUGAAAUUCGCUGAUGAUCUAGGCAUGGGAGGUACCAAAACACAGACCAUCUCCCUUGGCCAAGGGCAAGGGCCUAUUGCUGCCAAAAUGAUCAGCAAUGCUAUCAAAGAUGGGACCUGGGUAGUCCUACAGAACUGCCACCUGGCCACAAGCUGGAUGCCCGCACUUGAGAAAAUCUGUGAGGAGGUGAUUAUUCCUGAGAGUACCAAUGUCCGAUUUAGACUCUGGUUAACCAGCUAUCCAUCAGAGAAGUUUCCAGUCAGCAUUCUUCAGAAUGGGAUCAAAAUGACCAAUGAGCCCCCCAAGGGGCUCCGGGCCAACCUUUUACGUUCCUACCUCAAUGAUCCCAUCUCAGACCCCGUGUUUUUCCAAAGCUGUGCAAAGCCAGUGAUGUGGCAAAAGCUAUUGUUUGGCCUUUGCUUCUUCCAUGCCAUUGUUCAGGAGAGAAGAAAUUUUGGACCCCUAGGUUGGAAUAUUCCUUAUGAAUUCAAUGAAUCUGACCUAAGGAUUAGUAUGCGGCAGAUUCAGAUGUUUCUCAAUGACUACAAGGAGGUGCCAUUUGAUGCCCUGACCUACCUGACAGGGGAAUGUAAUUAUGGAGGCAGAGUGACUGAUGACAAAGACAGGCGUCUCCUGCUGUCCCUUCUGUCCACAUUCUACUGCAAGGAAAUUGAGCAGGACCAUUACUACCUUGCUCCUGGAGAAACCUACUACAUUCCUCCUCAUGGCUCCUACCAGUCUUAUAUCGAAUAUCUCAGGACCCUCCCCAUCACAGCCCAUCCGGAAGUGUUUGGCCUCCACGAGAAUGCUGACAUCACCAAGGACAACCAGGAAACCAACCAGCUCUUUCAAGGGGUGCUGCUGACCCUCCCUAGACAGUCAGGAGGGAGUGGCAAAUCCCCUCAGGAAGUGGUUGAGGAGCUGGCCCAGGACAUACUCUCCAAGCUUCCUAACGACUUUAACCUGGAAGAGAUCAUGAGGUUGUACCCGGUGGUCUAUGAGGAAUCCAUGAACACAGUCCUAAGGCAGGAAAUCAUCAGAUUCAACAGGCUGACCAAAGUGGUUCGCAGAAGCCUCAUCAAUCUUGGCCGAGCCAUCAAAGGGCAGGUCUUGAUGUCCUCGGAGCUGGAGGAAGUCUUCAACAGCAUGCUUGUGGGUAAAGUUCCAGCCAUGUGGGCGUCCAAGUCCUACCCAUCACUGAAGCCGCUGGGGGGCUACGUGGCUGACCUGCUGGCCCGCCUGGCCUUCUUCCAGGAAUGGAUUGACAAUGGGCCCCCUGUGGUCUUUUGGAUCUCUGGAUUCUACUUCACACAGUCUUUUUUGACUGGUAUCUCUCAGAAUUAUGCUCGGAAAUACACCAUCCCCAUUGACCACAUUGGAUUUGAAUUUGAGGUAACCACACAAGAAUCUGUCAUGGAGAAUAACCCAGAAGAUGGGGCCUAUAUAAAAGGGCUCUUCCUAGAAGGUGCUCGUUGGGACAGGAAAACAAUGCAGAUUGGAGAGUCUCUCCCCAAAAUCCUCUAUGACCCAUUGCCUAUCAUUUGGCUGAAACCUGGGGAGAGUGCAUUGUUUCUGCAUCAGAACAUUUACGUGUGUCCUGUCUACAAAACUAGUGCCCGGAGGGGCACCCUCUCUACCACCGGCCACUCCACCAACUACGUCCUCUCAAUUGAGCUCCCUACAGAUCUGCCGCAGAAGCACUGGAUAAACCGCGGGGUGGCCUCGCUGUGCCAGCUGGAUAACUGAUGCCUUUUGUCUCCAAAUGAAUAGUAAAAAGCAUUUCGUUUUCCACUACAGCCUCACUUUCUUUUCCUGAGAGUCACAUGGUAUG